GAAAAAUAUUCUGUGUCCCUCACCAGUCUCAACAAUUUAGAGCCUCAAAUUCAACAAGUGAUCCAAACUUACAUAUUUCUGUCACCUCAAUUAAGCAUUUCCAGCCUCAAGUUUUUCCUUCCUUUUAUCCCUCUGGUUUGAGCACUGAUGAAAGUAACCAUGGAAACUAUUACAAGUUCCUCCGUUCCAUCAUUUCACAUCUCAACUUCAUCAACUCAAACCAAAUUUGCAAAACCCAAGUUCUUGAAUUUUCAGUUUAAUACAUUACCGGCUUCAUCUUUUUCAAGAAUUCAUUAUAACCCAUCAAAAUCCAAGCUUUUCACUACCGUAUCAUCGCCAUCUUUUGUUUCAACAGAGUCCAUUGAACCACCUGAACCAGAGCUUGAAACUGACACCCAUGAAGAUAAGUUUGAUUGGUAUUCACAGUGGUAUCCAAUUAUGCCAGUUUGUGAUUUGGAUAAAAGAGUCCCACAUGCAAAGAAGGUGUUGGGUAUUGACGUGGUGGUUUGGUGGGAUAGGAAUGAGAAUGCAUGGAAGGUAUUCGAUGAUAGUUGUCCUCAUAGAUUGGCUCCAUUAUCUGAAGGAAGAAUUGAUCAAUGGGGAAGAUUGCAGUGUGUUUAUCAUGGUUGGUGUUUUAAUGGCUCCGGUGAUUGCAAAUUCAUUCCUCAAGCGCCACCAGAUGGUCCUCCUGUACAUGCAUCUAAGAGAGCAUGCGUAGCAGUUUACCCUAGUACAUUGCAUCACGAUAUUGUGUGGUUUUGGCCUAACACUGAUCCUCAAUACAAAGAUGUUAUUAUGAAGAAAAAGCCUCCCUCAAUCCCAGAAUUAGAAGAUCCAUCAUUUACUAAGUUGAUGGGAAAUAGAGAUAUUCCAUAUGGGUACGAUGUUUUGGUUGAAAAUCUUAUGGAUCCUGCUCAUGUUCCCUACGCACAUUAUGGAAUAAUGCGAAUGCGAAAGAACAAAGAGAAGGUUGACAGAGAAGGAGGCAGACCAUUGGAUUUGGGCGUCAAGAAACUAGACAUGAGUGGUUUUGCUGGAAAGAUGGACUUCGGCAGUUGUAAAUUUAUAGCUCCUUGUAUAUUUUAUGCUUAUACUGAUCCUAAGGUGGAUCAAGGUAAUGGAGCUGUAUCUUCACCUGAAACCAAAAAGAAUUUCUUGGUGCAGCAAUCAGCAAUGCAGCGAAGAAUGGCUUUAAUUUUUAUUUGCAUCCCAGUUAGUCCUGGCAAUAGCAGAUUGAUAUGGGUCUUUCCAAGAAACUUUGGAGUUUGGAUUGAUAAGAUAGUUCCGCGGUGGUUAUUUCACGUGGGACAAAACCUUAUUUUGGAUUCAGAUUUAUAUCUUCUUCACGUAGAGGAGCGCAAAAUAAUGGAUGUUGGCCCUACCAAUUGGCAAAAGGCAUGUUUUGUGCCGACCAAAUCGGAUGCCCUUAUUGUUGGUUUCAGAAGAUGGUUGAACAAGCAUGCUGGUGGUCAAGUUGAUUGGAAAGGCAAAUACGCUGGAGCUCUUCCUCCAACUCCUCCUAGAGAACAACUCUUGGACAGAUACUGGUCCCAUGUCGUAAACUGUCGAAGUUGCAGUGCUGCAUAUAAAGGUCUAAAUGCUCUUGAGGUCAUUCUGCAAGUAAUUUCCCUAGUUUCAAUUGGUAUUGUUGCUGCAGCCAAACAAAAUGCACUAUCUGCAGUUGCUAGAACUACACUGGUAAGUAUGGCAGUAGUGUUCUUUGCAGCUUCAAGAUGGUUGGCUCACUUCAUCUAUAAAAACUUCCAUUACCAUGACUAUAACCAUGCCUUUCGCUGAGAUAUAUUCACUUAUGCCCAUGUGGUAUAAAUGAAUUUGAUUCAAUUACAUCGAAUCCAAAUGUCUUCAUGUUUCACAUAUAUGAAAAUGUUUAUUUUAUCUACGAAUAUUAUGGAAUUCAAUAUAAAUAAGCGAAACUUUUAUCAUCUGUAACGGAAUAUAUAUACACUUCAAAUUCAUUUAUACCAAACAAGGGACUAUUAGUUAGAUAUUAGAAAGUAAUCUGUCAUGAAAAUGUAAUUGCGACACUUUGCUGUAUAUCUAUAUAUAAAGCUCAGAUUCAUUUAUACCAAGUAAA